CCAAGUUACGUUUUACAGGCAAUGCGUGGUUUGUUGUUUUCGUAAGUUAGGUGUGAAGAAUAUUAGCAUCAUAUUUCAAGUUUAGAAUCAACGUAGUAAACUAAUAAAAAGCUAACAUGGAAAUGAAAGAAAAGAAAACCAGCAUUAUUCAAGGAACCAAAGCAUUGGGUGUUGCACUUGUGGCCAACAUUAGCCCAGCUAUUAGUCAAGCUGCUGUUAUAGAAGAAGAACCGACAACACUGAUGCCGGAAAAUGUUCGGAUCUUCAGCACUUCGGAUCUCGCUAAUUUAACUUUGCAUCAGGUGGCGCGAGAGGGCGACGUUAUGCUAAUGGAGAAACUUCUGGAACGAAUUUCCACCAUGCAGCAGAAGAAGAAACGACUUAAUGAAAAAGACGAUGGGAAACUGACACCCAUGCAUUAUGCUGCAAGAUAUAACCAUUACCACAUGAUAAGUUACCUCAUAAAGAACGGAGCAAGCGUUCAGAUAAAAGGAGAGGAUGACGCCACACCUCUGCAUUUCAUCGCAAAAUACAAGAAAAAACGGGCGACCGAUUCAACUUGGAAUUAUGAUGAGGCAUCUGAUUCGGAUGACGAGCCGAUGCCAGAAGAAGAAACGUUAAGCUGUCUUAAACUUUUAGUGGAUAAUGGUGCCCAGGUAAACGCUCGUGAUGCCAUGAGUCUAACACCUCUUCACCAAGCUUGUACAAGAGGAAACACAGACGCUGUGCGGGAACUUCUAAGUUGUGUGGGAGUCGCACUUGAGAUGGCGGACCACCAAGGAAUGACCGCUCUCAACCUUGCGUGUUUAUACGGUAGGAAGACGAUAGUUAAGCUGUUGCUCGAAGCUGGAGCCAAUAUAAGAUGCAGAGACAAAGACCUGACAACACCCCUACAUUUAGCAUGCGCUGAAGGAAGCAUUGACAUCGCUCAAGUGUUACUGGCAAAAGCUGACACCUUAGCUGAAGCUGCGUUGGAAGCUGAAUAUGUUAAUCUUGAAAACAAUAAAGGAAACAACCAUGAGAGUUCAGGACAUAAUCGAAAACCGAGUAAUAAUGGGACCAGCAUGCAAGUUUCGACGUCCAAAACUAACAUUGGCGCUUCCCCAGCUACUAAAGGAUCUGCAGAGCUCCUUCAGGACGUUGAUGCGGAGAAAAAUCUUCCUCUUCAUCUAGCCAUAGAGAACGGUCACAUGGAACUUGUUAAGUUCUGUAUCCAGAAGUCGAAAGAAGUUGGUCUUGGAAGCAUGGUGCACCAAUGUAGGAGCAGGGACGACACCUGUCUUCACCUGGCAGUGCAAGCCAACAGCAUUGAUAUUGUAAAGUUACUGAUGGCUGAAGGCGGUGACGUAAAUGCUAGAAACUCCGCCCUCGUCACGCCCCUUUUUCUUGCUUGUCAACAUAAUUGUCACAUUAUUGUGAAACACCUGCUAGAAAAUGGAGCCAAUGUGGAAUUAAAGGAUUCGGACUUCAUGUCCCCGCUGUUGAUCGCAUCAAGAUACGGACAUCUGGAAACACUGACAUGGUUGCUGGAGCAUCGAGCGGACAUCACUGAGACCGACAAGGACGACCGAACAUGUCUUAUGUGGGCAGCAGACGAAGAUAGAACAGAUGCUAUCAAGCUUCUAAUGAAGAGCAAAAAAAUGCGUUUGAUGAUCGAAGAGAGAGAUAGAUACAACAAUACAGCUCUGCAUUUAGCUUCAAUGAAAGGACACACGGACACAGUAAAGCUUUUGCUUGAUUACCGUGCCUCUGCCGAUAUCAAGAAUGACGACGAUCGAACCACACUACACAUGGCAGCCUUCCACGGCCACGACAGUGUCAUUCCUCCACUAAUAAAACGGGAUCGUUCAAUUAUAAAUGCGGGGGACGAAGAGGCGAAUACUGCCCUACACUUGGCAUGUAUUGGUGGGAAUAUCAAAAGCGUUGUCAUUUUAAUCCAAAUGGGAGCAAACAUUGAACUGAGAAACGCGAAACAAUGGACGCCCCUGGAUUGCGCUGCUGCCAAUGGUUGGGUGAAGCCAGCCAGGGUUUUGCUUGAAGCCGGGGCCAGUAUUCAACCACGGGGGAAAAUAAAGAACUAUUCUCCAACUCGGAUUUGCGCGUUGCAUCUUGCCUGUCAGCGUGGUCACGUGGAUAUGAUCGCUUUGCUCCUCCAGUGGCGGGCUGACGUCACUUUUCGCUCAGCGGAUGGAAGAAACGCGCUCGAUUAUGCGAUCGAUCAUUCACAGAAAGAUUGUGUUCGCGCCUUGCUCCGUCAUGAAACUUGGAAGCAAUCAAUGAAAAAUGCGGUCAUUCAUCCCGUAACAGGUUUGACCACCACCCCGAUGCGACGUCUUAUCAUUAAGAUGGAAGACAUGGCUGAGAUUGUUUGCAACCAAUGUGUUACCGAUAAUGGAAAGAAACCUGAAGACGACGAUUACACGGUAACAUUAGCAUACGAGUUCUUUGACGAUAUGUACGCUUGCACGGAAUGGAGUGAACGAUCAGAAACAACAGGGGGGCGACCGCCAUCGGCUGGGGGGUCUGACUAUUCGGAUGAAAAUGUUUAUACGGUUUACGAUGAGCACGACCAGCUAACGAAAGAGGCGCAUACGUAUGUGAAGAAAUCAGACGUCCUCCAGAACAAUCACCCGUUAAAAAUCAUGGUCGAAUCCAAAUGUGAAAGUCUAUUGCUUCAUCCUGUAGUCACCGGUCUCCUCAAUUACAAAUGGCGACGGUUCGGUCGAUAUGUUUACUACAGUAACCUGCUAUUCUUCAUUGCGUAUCUUACCAUUCUAAACGUUUACAUGAUGCUUAACCCGCCAUUCUAUAACCUCGACUGGAUAAAAAUCGUUCGACUGAGAAAAUAUCUUGCAAGCGGUCGAAACGCUACUGGUAUGGCUUUAUCUAACGCAACAUUGGCAGAAUUUCAAACAUCGACCUCAGAGUGUUACUUUUUUCGCGCUGAUUACAUAGCGAGUCAUCCUGGAGCUGUUGGAUGUCAGACCUUAAGUUAUGAUGUACGAAACAUGAAAUGGGCGAUCCUAGGGUUUUCUAUACUUAACCUAUUGAGAGAGAUAUUCCAAUUCGCUAACCGUCGACUGAAUUACCUUGACGCCACCAACCUAAUCGAAGUGACGUUGUAUGUGACGUCAUUAAUCCUAACAAUCGACUUCUACACAUACAGUCUUGACACUGUGGCCCAACUGACAGCAUCAGCCAUGGGAAGCGACGAACUAGCAGUGUUGGAUGGUUUUCAAGCCGAUACCGGCUUGAGGCAGGAGUGGCAGCAAGAGAUGGGAGCUUUUACAAUCUUCCUCUCGUGGAUGGGACUCUUGCUCUUCAUUCAGAAGAUCCCGAGAUUGGGUAUCUUUGUCGUGAUGUUCACUGAUAUAUUGAAAACUUUCACUCAGUUCUUCCUGGUCUUCGUGUUUUUCAUAUUUGGUUUCGCUCUCUCGUUUACCAUACUACUAGGAAAUCAAGAUCUGUUUUCUAAUUGGUACACUACGUUAGUCACUACUACAGUAAUGAUGAUUGGUGAACUAAGUUAUGGAGAUAUAUUUUACUCUGCUGCUGGUGUCGCCAUUGGAAGUGACUACAAAAAUGAGGUCUACACAACUGAAGUCAGUUUCGUCCUUUUUGUCAUUUUCCUCAUCGUGAUGACGAUCAUCAUCAUGAACUUGUUGGUUGGUCUUGCUGUAGGAGACAUCAUAGCUGUACAAGAACACGCCACACUUGAAAGACUUGGGAUGCAGGUUGAUUUAACGUUAGAUGUUGAGUUUACUCUCCCGGCGUUCCUGCGGAAAAAAUCUUGUCUACGGAAGCAAACUAUUGAAAUAAACCGAUAUAGGAAGUCGGACUUUGUGCGGAAGUUUCUUUUUGAGGAUUCCGAGAUGACGGUUGAUCACGUGAGCAAGGCAUUGGACCGUGAAGGCGAGGCCGAACAGGACGAAGCAAGCAGGUCGAUAGCAGACCGGGUGAUGAGUGGACUUAGUAUUUUAAGAGGGAGGGUAAAUGACCUUAUAGCCGACCAAUCUGAAGUAAAACAAGGUGUACGAACUGUGCGGGCGAUGGUGCGGGAAGCGAGAGUAGAGACAAGAACGUAUAGUGAGGACAUUAAAGACAACCUCCUGAAUACUGGUAACGACCUCACGAACCGCAUUAAUCUAACACGCGAUGGAUUGGAACAAACAACUCAACGCGAGUCAACACAAACAAGAGGAAAAGUGGACACGACAAGAGAAAUGGUUGACCAUCUCCAACAAGAAGUAGAACUUACAAAGAGUGAGCUUGGGACCGUGAAAGCUGAUCUCGAGAAGAGAAUGGAAGCGAUGCAAGAAGCUCUUCUUUCUCGUGGAUGGGAGGAGCUGAGGACAGGACUGAAUAAUUGUAACUUAAUGAUCGAGAGAAGUCGAAACGAGAUUAUGGAGAAUUUGGAAGAAAUGAAAAUCGUGUUGGUGAAGGAAAAGUUUAUGAGCAACGUCUGAUCUUUUUCGUGUCAAAAAAUUCGCCGAAGUGGCUUUUUUCUUCACCGCGACAACUUAAAGACGAUCUGAACGCUUUUUAUUAUUGCUAUGCAGUUUCACAGUUCAGAAAUAUCCGAACAACUUUGUCGAUACUUACAGUUUUAUGAGCUAAAUAUCGGGACAGAGAUUUACAAACUUGUAUACGCGACACAUUUGCCACGUUAGUUUUAUCCCUAUAAUUUGUCCCAUUUAUAAAACGCUUAAAAUUAUUUCUAGGUUUUAUUGUUCCAAUGUGUAUUUUAUAGCGUGACGUAUUGCUUAAAAAUAUAUUUCAUGGUUCAA